AUGGCUGCCUUCGUUAGAUCGUCACCCAGAAUUGCAUCCUUACCUUGGGCUUUCCCCGCAUGCAGCUCGAUUACUUCAAAACGUUUCCUCGGAAUCCCUUCGGCCUUCCUUCUUGACGAGUACCUCCCACGAUAUCAACUUCUUAGCUCCGUUGAUGCCUCUAAGAAACGCUCUCUGGCAUAUGGUCACCUUCGCGAAUGCAACUUAUGCCCACGGAAAUGUGGGGUUGAUAGAUACGAGACGACGGGGAUGUGUUUGAUCGGAGCAGAGACGGCAAAGGUCAACGUGAUCGCUCCGCAUCGUGGCGAGGAGCCAUGCAUACAAGGAUACCAUGGCAGUGGCUCGGUGUUUUUUUCAGGAUGCAACUUACGCUGUGUCUUUUGUCAAAAUCAUGACAUAGCCCAUCAACGCAACGGUUUUGAUCUCACUCCGGAGGAGCUCGCUGAGUGGUAUGUGAAACUACAAGAGGUUGGUAAUGUCCAUAACAUCAACCUCGUAACACCCGAGCAUGUAGUUCCGCAGGUUGUUCUUUCAAUUCUUACGGCACGUGAGAUGGGCCUCCGGAUUCCUAUUGUUUACAAUACCUCGUCUUUCGAUUCAAUGGAGUCUCUUCAACUACUCGAUGGCCUGGUCGAUAUAUAUCUCCCCGACUUCAAGGUGUGGCGGGCUGAUACUUCGAAACGUUUACUAAAAGCAGAUAACUACACUGAAACGGCCAUGGAGAGUGUGAAGGAAAUGCACCGCCAAGUCGGAGAUCUUUCUUUUACUUCAGAUGGCAUUGCCAAAAAGGGUGUCCUGCUUCGCCAUUUAGUGAUGCCUGGCAAAGAAGACGAGGGAAGACAAAUCAUGUGCUGGCUCGCGGAGAAUAUAUCUCGAGAUCUCUACAUUCACAUCAUGGAACAGUACCACCCCGAUGCCCACGUUGGAAAGAAGAGACGAGUAACAAGAAGAAUACGACUGGGCGAGGGGGGAGGCUCAUACAGACAAAGAUGA